CUGCCUCUUGCGUCAACACGCGCGUGACGCAGCUUACCAUUCUCGAUAAGAGAAUUUUCCGUCCAAAAACCCGGCAGACAGGGACGAAGUAAAAUAAACUUCAGAGACAUCACGGAACGUCAUCGCUUCACCCUCCCGCCGCAAAGCAUGGCCAGCAACAAUGACGAUCAUAGCCCCGACCUCGAAGCGGCCGCCUCUUCUUCCCGCACCGCGUCAACCACCCGCCCCUUCCUGAAACCACCACCACCACCGCCCGACAUCAGCACCACCAAAAUCGGCAGCGGCAUCAGCAUCAACCCCGGCCCCCUGCACCAUCACAAUGCAGAGUUCGAAGAUGACGAUGAACAAGAAGAAGACACCAACCUCCCCACGACCAUCGAAGAAACGCACCUCCGCCGCGCGCUCGCGCAGCGCCACCUCUCGAUGAUGGCCAUCGCAGGCUCGAUCGGGACGGGGCUCUUCCUGGGGCUCGGCGGCGCCGUGCAGCGCGGCGGGCCGCUAGGCGCGCUGCUGGGGUACGCCGCGGUCGGGCUGGUCGUGUGCGCGGUGCAGUGCGCGCUGGGCGAGGUGGCGGCGCUGCUGCCCGUGACGGGCUCCUUCGUGCGGCACGCCGAGUUCCUGGUCGAUCCGGCCUGGGGCUUCGCGAUCGGCUGGAACCUGGUGUACGGGAACCUGCUGAGCAUCCCCAGCGAGGCGACCGCCGUCGUGGUGCUGGUGCGCUUCUGGUGGGAAGACGUCAGCGCCGCGUGGGUGAUUGUGGUGUUUGUCGUGCUAACGGUGGGCGUGGGCAUGGCGUUUGUGAGGGUGUUUGGCGAGGUCGAGUUCGUGUUUGCCGUGGUCAAGAUCGCCUUGGUGGUGUUUCUGAUUGUGCUCGGCUUGGUGACCAGCUUGGGCGGCAUCCCCGGCACCGAGAGGAUUGGGUUCCGCUAUUGGCGCGACCCGGGGCCGUUCGUCGAGUACAUUGCCACGGGCGACUGGGGCAAGUUUCUGGGGUUCUGGUCCGUCAUGACCGGCGCCGUAUUCUCGUUUGCCGGCGUCGAGUCGCUGGCCAUGGCCGCGGCCGAGACGCAGAAUCCGCGCGAGGCCAUUCCGCGGGCUUGCAAGCGCGUGUUUGCGCGCAUUGUCAUCUUCUAUAUGCUGGCCGUCCUUGUCGUGGGGAUGCUCGUCCGCAGCGACGAUGAGAGGCUCGAUGGGUCCGGCAGCAGCGUGGCACAGAGCCCGUUUGUUAUUGCCGCUUCGCAGGCGGGGAUCUCGGCCAUCCCGUCUGUCGUCAACGCCAUCGUCAUCACCUCGGCUUGGUCGGCGUCGAACCAGGCCCUGCUCGCAGGCACCCGGGUGCUGUACGGGCUGGCCCUCAAGAAGCAGGCACCCGCUAUCUUCCUCAGGACGACGCCCUGGGGCACGCCGUACGUGUGCGUGCUGCUGUUCACGGCGUUCAUGUUUCUCAGCUUCAUGAGCCUGUCGGAGGAUGCCAUCACCGUCUUCUGGUGGCUGAUUUCCCUGACGGCAGCCGGUGUGCUGGUCUCGUGGUCGUCUAUCCUGCUGAACCACAUCCGCCUGCUGCAGGCAAUGAAAAGACAGGGCGUCGAGACCAGCAGAUUGCCGUGGCACAACUGGUGGACAAAGUACUCCUCUCCCGCCGCGCUGUGUAUGUGCAUCAUAAUCCUUCUCACGAGUGGCUUUAGCGUCUUCACCAAGGGCAACUGGGACCCAAGCACGUUUGUGUCGGCAUACUUGGACAUUCCUCUCGUGCUCGCGGCCUACCUUUUCUGGAAGAUCUUCCGGAAGACCAAGAUUGUGUCUCUCCGCGAGAUUCCACUAGAGGACGCCUUCUCGCGGGCAGACGAGUACGAUCCGGACGAGCUGCCGGACAAGAGGAGGCGUUGGAUACGAACUAUAAGUUGGAUAUGGGACUGAUAGCGGAUCUCAUUACCUAGGCUGCUUUAGAUUCCAAGAUGAGUUAUGAUUCGACCCCGAUGAUAAACACUUGGAUUCGGGUUUGGACUCAACCCACAAUCAAACAAAUCAAUAUGAUACACCAGUACCAAACUAAUCCCAACCAUGCCUCCUAUGUCCAGAUCAUAUUCACACCCCUCACCCAAACCAAGUACUACCCUACCCAGUCACCAAUCAUUUUCAUUCAUACUCAGCCAUCAACAAAUUCCCCUCAACGGCAUUCACAAAUUCCUCCCCAGACGACCCACCCAGAUGCGUCGAGUGCGCCC